UUCGACCCGUUCUUUCUUUAUUUACAUCCUUUGAUAUCUCCUAUUUCUUUGCAUCUCUCUCUCUUACAUCCACAACUUCCUUUAUUUUAGUUCUUUGGUUUCCUUAUUAGCCUUAUUUGGUUCGUUCCUUAUAUUUCUUCUUUCUCUUCUUCAAAAUUUUCCUAAAAAUUAUCAAUUCUCUCUCUUCUGUCUUUUGUGUUUUUUGUCUGUCAAUUCUGUUCUUCCAACAAAAUUAUCUUUUCUUAGAUUUAAAUCUGAAUGGGUCGAGUUAAACUCCAGAUUAAGAGAAUAGAAAACAACACAAAUCGACAGGUUACCUUCUCCAAGCGAAGAAAUGGACUCAUUAAGAAAGCUUAUGAGCUUUCUAUCCUUUGUGAUAUCGAUAUUGCUCUUAUCAUGUUCUCUCCUUCUGGUCGCCUUAGUCAUUUCUCCGGCAAAAAGAGGAUUGAAGAUGUGCUUACCAGAUACAUAAAUCUCCCUGACCAUGACACUGGAGGGACUGUUAAAAAUCGGGAGUAUAUGAUAAGGACCUUAAAGAAACUCAAGAGCGAAAACGAUGUUGCUCUCCAGCUAGCCAAUCCUGGAGCUGUUAACUCUAAUGUGGAGGAACUCCAACAAGAGAUUAGUAGAUUCCAACAACAACUUCAGAUGGCCGAGGAACAAUUAAGGAUUUUUGAGCCGGACCCACUAAAGCUCACAUCAAUGGGUGAACUAGAAUCAUGUGAGAGGCAGCUUAUGGAUGCAUUGACACGUGUUACACAAAGAAAGAAAUAUCUGUUAGGUAACCAAAUAUCGUCUUAUGAUCAAUCCAAUAUUCAGAUGUAUUUGGAUUCUCAAGAGGGGAUGCCCACAUCAUUUGAGAAUGAGGUUGUGGGUUGGUUGCCAGAGAAUGCACACCAGUCUAACCAAAUUUUCCUUGGACCUGACUCUUUGGUUCCUCUAAGGGAUCAGUCAUCCUCAAUAUAUGACACAUUGUCUCAUGGAGCAAGCUUAAAUGUGGACCCACGAGGCAUGGGAGAGUGCAAUGUCAGCAGUACAAGCGAUGGGAAUCUUCCACCUUGGCCCCAGGGUUACACAUCCAGUGAUCUUCUCUCUGCUCUCAUGCCACCUUCUUCAUUCCCUCUAAUCCAGGGAAUGACCGGCCCAGAUAUGCAAUCAAUAAUGCCACGUGAGCAAGAGGAGACCCCACCGAGCUGUUCUCACAUGCCUGCCAAUCAAGAGGGUGCCAAUUAUGACUUAUGAGAUCAACUUUGCCGUUGCCAUAGAAGAAGAACUUAGGUAGCAAUGUAGCUCAGGGAUGGAUCGGUGGCUCUGCGCUACAAUGCGCCUGGGUGAGGCUGAAACCCAAAUGAAAAGCAUAUAUAUAGUUGGAUACAGAAUAUUAAUUUACUUCCUUUGUUUUGGGACAGAUUUUGAUAAUAGAAUCCCAAAACCGCUCAUUUACUGUAAUAUCCUUAAUUAAAGACUUGA